CAAUAGGUUAUGCUGUAAUUGUCAACUUGACAUAAACUAUGAUAAGAUUUUAAUAAUUGUUGACGAAAAAAGUUCGUCAAAUUGCACACCGCACUGAAAUAAAUUAUGGAAAAAGAAAGAGUAACAGUACCUCGUUAUAGAGGUUCUAAAAUACAUAAGAUUAAGAAAAUUGAUCUGUUCACUAAACUGAGAGAGCCUUAUAAACAGACUUCAUCAUUAGGGGGAAUUCUUUCAGUUUUUAGUUUUCUAAUUACAAUAUGGUUGAUUUAUUCAGAAGUAAAAUAUUAUAUGGAAAGUCAAUUUAUAUUUCGAUUCUCUCCAGACACAGAUUUCGAUGCAAAAUUGAAAAUUAAUAUUGACAUCACUGUUGCAAUGCCUUGCUCAAAUGUUGGUGCGGACAUUUUAGAUUCUACUAAUCAAAAUGUGUUUCGAUUUGGGAGUUUACAGGAAGAGGAUACUUGGUUUGAACUGGCUCCCAAUCAAAGAAUACAUUUUGACAAUAAGAAAUAUAUGAACUCCUAUUUGAGAGAGGAAUAUCAUGCUGUGAAAGAUCUUUUAUGGAAAAGUAGUUAUUAUACCCUAGUAAACAGUCUACCACCAAGAAGUAUUGUUCCUGACAGACCUUAUGAUGCUUGUAGAAUAUACGGCAAUUUAGAAAUAAAUAAAGUUUCUGGAAACUUCCACAUUACUGCUGGAAAAAGCUUAAGCCUUCCUAGAGGACACAUUCACAUCAGUGCGUUUAUGAGUGAUAGAGACUAUAAUUUUUCUCAUAGAAUAGAUAGAUUUAGCUUUGGUGAUUCUAGUCCUGGAAUAAUUCAUCCCUUAGAAGGGGAUGAAAUGAUAGCAAAUAAUGCAAUGACUAUUUAUAACUAUUUCAUAGAAGUUGUACCUACACACGUUAAGACAUUCCUUACUAACGUUAAUACAUAUCAGUAUAGUGUAAAACAAUUAGCUCGUCCCAUAAACCAUGAUAAAGGCAGUCAUGGGAUGCCAGGGCUAUUUUUUAAAUAUGAUGUGGCUGCACUGAAAGUCACUAUAAGUCAAGAAAGAGAUCAUCUGGGUAUUUUCUUAAUGAGGCUGUGUUCCAUUAUUGGUGGAGUAUAUUCUUGUUUAGGUUUUAUCAUGGCUUUUAUCUUCUUCACCCGUGCCUUCUCUGCUGCAAGGGAUAUACGUGAAAAACGUGAAAAAGAAAAUUUGAAGAAUGUACCUAUUGAAGUAUCCCAAGUUGUACCUGUGAAAUUAAUAUAAAUUUAACAGAAAA